GCCGCCUCGUCGCCGCCGCCGUGCCCGGGCCCGCUCUCCGCCGCCAGCCCUGAGGCCACGGCGCCUUCCCCCUACCCCGUGGGAGCCGCGCGCUGGUUGCUGAGGGGAAGGAUGCGGCUGCUUGGAAACCUGGAUUUUCCCUGUUUUCGGAUCCUCACGAGUAGCAUUUGAAUGAUUAUUACUAUUUAAUCCGAGCCCGCUUUGAAACCUGGAACUUCCUCCAUAUUAUAACAGUCAUUAUCAUCAUCAUCAUUAUAAUUAUUAUUAUCUAGUAGGAGUAGUAUUGAACCCCCACCCCCCCUCUCCCUGGGCACACACAAGGGGGGGGAGAAGAUGUCGUUCUUCAACUUCCGCAAGAUCUUCAAGCUGGGCGGCGAGAAGAAAAAGAAGCAGUACGAGCACGUCAAGCGGGACCUGAACCCGGAGGAGUUCUGGGAGAUCAUCGGCGAGCUCGGCGACGGCGCGUUCGGGAAGGUCUUCAAGGCUCAGAAUAAAGAAACCAAAGUCUUGGCUGCUGCAAAGGUGAUUGAUACUAAAUCAGAAGAAGAACUUGAAGAUUACAUGGUUGAAAUUGAUAUUCUAGCAUCCUGUGAUCAUCCAAAUAUUGUCAAGCUUCUUGAUGCUUUCUAUUAUGAAAAUAAUCUUUGGAUCCUGAUUGAAUUUUGUGCAGGUGGAGCAGUAGAUGCUGUAAUGUUGGAGCUUGAGAGACCAUUAACAGAGCCACAGAUCAAAGUAGUUUGCAAGCAGACUUUGGAGGCAUUAAACUACUUGCAUGAAAAUAAGAUAAUUCACAGAGAUCUAAAAGCUGGCAAUAUUCUUUUUACACUGGAUGGAGAUAUUAAACUGGCGGAUUUUGGAGUCUCAGCUAAAAACACAAGGACAAUACAAAGAAGAGAUUCUUUUAUUGGCACACCGUAUUGGAUGGCUCCUGAAGUGGUAAUGUGCGAGACAUCUAAAGACAGGCCUUACGAUUAUAAGGCUGAUGUUUGGUCUCUGGGCAUCACUUUGAUAGAAAUGGCUCAAAUAGAACCACCUCAUCAUGAGUUAAACCCAAUGCGAGUGCUGCUGAAAAUUGCAAAAUCUGACCCACCUGCACUGGCACAGCCUUCAAAAUGGUCUUCAGAUUUUAAAGAUUUUCUAAAGAAAUGUUUAGAAAAGAAUGUGGAUGCCAGAUGGACUGCUACUCAACUUCUGCAGCAUCCAUUUGUUACCGUCACUUCCAAUAAACCAAUCAGAGAAUUGAUUGCAGAGGCUAAGGCUGAAGUGACAGAAGAAGUUGAAGAUGGUAAAGAUGAGGAUGAAGAGGAGGAAACAGAAAAUUCUCUGCAAUUACCAGCAGACAAGCGCGCUUCCUCUGAUCUUAGUAUCGCCAGCUCCGAGGAAGAUAAACUGUCACAGAACGCCUCUGUUCUGGAGUCUCUGUCUGAGAAAACAGAAAACAGCGCUGCGGAGGAGAAGAACAGUGGGAUGCUUCCAGAUGAUAAAACAGCUGCUGAUGAACGUGCGAAUAUUGAAGAUGGAAAAGCCAUUGAUAACACAUCAGAUGCCACUCAUGAAGAUGUUGUAAAAGUCCAAAACGGGUCAGUGUUAAUUGAGGAAAAUGAGUUAAAGAAAAUACCAGGAGUUGAAAAGAAAACUGGAAAAGCAGAAGUAAGUGAAGGUGCUGGCUUACAGAAAGAAGGAAAAGCAGUUGACACAGUGCUGCCAUUAGAAACAAAUGAUGAACACGGUGUGAAAACAGAGAAAGAAAAUGACACAGAUAAUGAACAAACAGCUGAAAACAAUCGGAAAAUAGGACCUGAAACUGAAGAGCCAAGUGCUCAAAUUACAGACGUGAUCUCUGAAGAGACUGGGGAGAAAGAGGAGAAAGAAAGUAAAGCAGAUCUGCAGGAAAAUAAGAAUGAAGAAGGUACUGUAGAGAAAGUUGCAGAACAAAUGGAAGAGACAAUGGACAGCACUAAAGAAACUCCAGUUCAGGUUGUAGAUGAAAUGGCUGACAGAGAAAAGGAGCCACUAAAAUUUGAAGGUGAUAGUGCUCCAGAGACAGGCAGCAGUAGUGAAACUCAGAUCACUGAUGGAGAUAAAAUAGCAGGGACAGGUCAGAAGCUAAUGGAAAGUGGACUUGAGCCUGCUCAUGAGACUGUCAGCGCUGAACGAACAGAAAGUAAAAGUGAAGAUACAGUGACUGAUACAGAUCAGAAAUCAGUAGAUGACGAUACAGUGACUGAUACAGAUCGGAAGUCAGUAGAAAGUGGAAAUGAGGAUGUGUGUAAGACAAGCAACACAGAGGAAACAGAGGUGAAAGAGUCAGGCAACGUGGGUGACCCAGACCAGAAGUCAGUAGAGAGUAAGACUGAAGAUAUUUUGGGGGUAAAUGACACUGAGGAGAUGGUGAAGGCAAGUGACACUGUGGAGAUUCCAGAAAAAGAUGCGGAUAAAAUAGCUAAGGUUAACCAAAAUUCAGAAAUAAAGAGACCCGAGGACACUCAAAAGAACAGUAUUCAGAUAGAUACAGAGCGUUCAGAAGUUCCUGGUGAUCCACUAAUAAAGAACAAGCCGCAGGAGACUACAACUGAACAAACUGAACUCACACCAGUACCCAGAAUUAACAUUAGCACUGAAGAAAAUGAGGAAAAAGUUAAAAUAGAUAAUGAAGCCAAUGCUGAAACUUUACGCCAGCUGGAACCUGAGACUGUGAAGGAAAAUGAUGCAGAUUCAGGUACUGGUUCCACAGCGGAUAACAGCAGCAUUGAUUUGAACUUGUCCAUCUCUAGCUUCCUCAGUAAAAAUAAAGACACGGGAUCAAUAUCGUUACAAGACACUAGAAGACAAAAGAAAACGUUAAAGAAAACUCGCAAAUUUGUUGUUGACGGGGUAGAAGUGAGUGUGACUACUUCUAAAAUAGUUACUGAGAAUGAUUCAAAAAGUGAAGAAAUGCGAUUUCUACGGCGUCAGGAGCUGCGGGAGCUAAGACUUCUUCAGAAAGAAGAGCAACGAGCUCAGCAGCAGCUCUCCAACAAACUCCUGCAACAACGAGAACAGAUGUUCAGACGCUUUGAACAGGAAAUGACAAGUAAAAAGCGGCAGUAUGAUCAAGAAAUAGAGAAUCUGGAAAAGCAACAGAAACAGACAAUAGAACGCUUGGAACAGGAGCACACAAAUCGCUUACGAGAUGAAGCGAAACGCAUUAAAGCAGAACAAGAGAAGGAGUUGUCCAAAUUCCAGAACAUGUUGAAAAACAGAAAAAAAGAGGUUUUUAAUGAAGUGGAGAAAGCACCCAAAGAGCUGAGAAAAGAGCUCAUGAAACGCAAGAAAGAGGAGCUUGCACAUAGCCAGCAUGCACAGGAACAAGAAUUUGUGCAGAAGCAGCAACAAGAAUUGGAUGCAUCUCUAAAGAAAAUCAUUCAGCAGCAAAAAACAGAGCUAGCCAAUAUUGAGCGUGAAUGCCUGAAUAACAAGCAGCAACUCAUGAGAGCUCGUGAAGCUGCAAUCUGGGAGCUGGAAGAGCGACACUUGCAGGAAAAACACCAGCUUCUCAAACAGCAACUCAAAGAUCAGUACUUCAUGCAAAGGCACCAGCUCCUUAAAAGACAUGAGAAAGAAACAGAACAAAUGCAAAGAUAUAACCAGCGACUUAUUGAAGAGUUAAAAAAUAAACAAACUCAGGAAAGAGCAAGACUGCCUAAGAUCCAGCGCAGUGAAGCAAAGACUCGAAUGGCCAUGUUUAAGAAAAGUUUAAGAAUUAACUCCUCAGCUACUCCAGACCAGGAUCGUGAUAAGAUUAAGCAGUUUGCGGGUCAAGAAGAAAAGAGGCAGAAGAACGAGAGGUUGGCUCAGCACCAAAAGCAUGAAAAUCAAAUGCGGGACCUUCAGCUCCAGUGCGAAGCAAACAUCAGAGAACUGCACCAAUUGCAGAAUGAAAAAUGCCAUCUACUGGUUGAGCACGAGACUCAGAAACUAAAAGAGUUAGAUGAAGAGCACAGCCUGGAACUGAAGGAAUGGAGAGAGAAACUGCGACCAAGGAAAAAGACACUGGAAGAGGAAUUUGCCAGGAAACUCCAAGAACAGGAAGUUUUCUUCAAAAUGACUGGAGAAUCUGAAUGCCUUAACCCGUCGACACAGAGCCGCAUUUCAAAAUUCUACCCGAUCCCCAGCCUCCACUCCACUGGAUCAUAACUUUGGGGGCCUGUGUAGGUUUUUUACGUUGGGAAUUUGCAUAUCUUCAUCUUCUAUCAUGACAGAAUCUGCAGCCUACAUCAAAGGACCUCGAUGCUUGUAGCUUUCAGUGGAGACAAUCCGUGUCAUUAUCAAGAUUUUUCUUUUUCUGACUGGGAGAAAACUAAAUAGAAGAACAGACAUUGGUUUGUCAUGGUAAAGCGAUGUCCUUCAGAUGUUUCAAGAACAAACGGAGUUUUUGUAUUUGAAUCUGAGAAAGUAUGUGGUCUUCUAUAUUGAAGCUAAGAAAAUAAGACUAACAUAUUAGAUAUAAUCCCCCCAAAAUGGUUAUUCAGAUUAGCAUUUAAAUAAAGACAUGCUACUGUUUUUGACUGAUUUCUCCACAACUGAAACUGUGCCGUUAAGAGUUUUGUGUUGUUGAACAAGUCACUCAGAAUUGAGGGAGAAAUUAGUUCUUCAAACACAUGGUUCAAGCAGGAAAAAAGACUUAUGCUUAAAGAUAAUGAGUAACAGCAGAUGCCUUUAAUUUUCUUUAAAACUUCUGGCAUAUAACUAAAGCAACCAAACCUCCAUUCCAUGUUUUAUCCAUCAAAUUCAUGAUGAAAUGGGGUGCUAGUUUCAUGAAUCCAGUGCCUGAAACACUUCAAUAUAUUACUAUUUGCAAUAGGAAUAGUCUGUGUCGUUAUUACAAACCAUCCUCAGCAUAUGUUACUGUACAAAAUCAUUCUUGCUGCUACUGCCAUUUUUUGUCAUAAGUCCUCACCCUAAAAUAUUUUGCACUAAAAUAUGUAAAGGUGAAAAAACUGCUAACUUUGAAAUGCACAGCUUGUUACGUUGCUCACAAGCUAGAGGUGUCUAGUUCUAGCUACUGAAAAACAGGAAAGCUGUUGAACGUAUUUCACAAGGUAACGUGCAAAAUGCACCUGGUUUCUCUAGCAGUGCUUAGACCGGGCAGAUGGAUACUUCUGUUCUUACCAAAGCUCCGCCGGAGAAGUGGAGAGGGGCCGGUUACAUUUAUAAACUAAGAAUUGAUGAAAUCUGAUCUGACUAGAAAUGUUAGUCCUGACAUUUUUUGUUUCAGUCAGUUUAUUUUAAAGAAGGAUUUAAGUUAAAUAUGUAGAAAAACUACUUUUAAGAGGCUGGGUUUUUUUGUUUUGCCAUGUAGUAAGCUAACUUGAUAGGGUUUUGUUUCCAAGUUCAUAGGUGGACUUUAAGUUAUUUACUUGACUGAUACACAGUUGAAAAAGAUCAUGAAAGUUUAUCAUGUAGCAGGUGGGAAACGUAUUAAAGACAAGUUCACUUGUAGCGCACUCCUGGGAGUCGAGGGUUACAGCUUGUGUCAUAUCAAGACAGUAUUAUGAACUGUACUUUGGUAUGCCAAAGUUAAAUUUGUAAAAUAACGUUUGCUUUCUGUUAUUGGAGGCCUGAUCCUUUAGUCUCUUUGGGUAUCCCCGUGUAAACAUUUCUUGUUUUAUUUUGCUAGCUUGCAUUAAAUGUGAGACUGGUGAACAUCAUAUAAUGUUCAUAUCAUGGGAACAGUGUCCAUGCAUGUGAAUGAGCAGGUUAUAAAUUAAUAUAGAUCUUUGACCAGGUUUGGUUGAACUCUUGGAUGCUGAAAUCCUUGAAGGCCGAGCCUUUACCUAGGCAAUGCAGACUGUUUAAAUUUGUGGCACAGUAAAGGCAGUUGGAAAAUGCAUGUUUUGAUUUCAGUUUUGUAACUUUUUGAUAAGUAAAAUUUACUCUAAAAUGACUUUAUAGGUAGCCUUAAUUUCUGGUAUUUUAUUAUAUACAUGUGUAUCGUGUAAUGGUUGUAAAUUCACAUACCAUAUCACUAGAAUGUUCUAUGUUGCUGUAUGCAGAGUUCCUUAAAACUGUUUGUUCCGAAAUGCUGGGGUGAGAAAUGUCUUUGAAGGCCUUUACUUUUUAAGCUACACAUUUAUAAAAUGACCAGUACUAAAUAUAACAUUAAAACAGUUUAUAUCUCUAAAA